AUGAAGUUUUUCCCUAUUAAACAAAUUAUAGCAUUAUUAUUAUAUGGGAUUGUCUCCAUUAUUCUUGUUGUAUUAAAUAAGAGAAUAUUAACCGGAAAUUUUGGAUAUCCUUUAAUUACAACAUGGAUACAACAAGUCUGUGGUUUGACAUGUUAUGUCUUUGCUUAUUUAUUAACAUCAUCUUUAAUACCAAAAUAUAAUGUAUUUUCAAAACCAAGCUUCAGUCUAAAAUACAUAAAAAUAUGUUUACCAAUGUCAAUAUCUUGUAUAGCCUUUAUCUCAUUAUCAAAUACUUGCUUAAAAUAUGUUCCAGUAUCUUCAUAUGCAAUUGCAAGAUCACUUACGUUAUUAUUCAAUGUUAUCUUUUCUGUAUUAUUAUUAAAACAAAGCAUAUCAAAAAUAUGUAUUAUUGCUUGUUUAAUAGUUAUGACUGGAUUUACAAUAGGAUCAUAUGAUUCAGAAGCUUUGAAUAUAUAUGGGAUUAUAACAGGUGCUUUAUCAUCUAUUUUUCAAUCAAUAUAUAUUGUACAAAUAAAAAAGGUUACACCAGCAUUAAAUAAUGCUGAAUUUCUAACAUAUUGGUAUAAUGUAUUAAUUACAUCAUUUUUUGCUUUUAUAUUUAUUUAUAUCUUUUCUGAAAAUAAAGCUUUUAAUGAAUUAAUAUUAAUGUCUCCUUUUCAAAUAAUGAAUACAAUUUGUCCUAUUGUUUUAAGUGGAAUUUUGAAUUUUAUAUUUGGUCUUAUUACUUAUUGGUGUAUACAGGUGACAUCUCCUAUUGCUUAUAAUUUGACUGGUUAUGUUAAGUCAGGUUUACAAUCUUUAAUAGGUGUAAUUACUAAUGGAGAAACUUUAAGUCUUAUAACAUUAUUGAGUUUAUCAAUGACUAUUGGAGGUUCUGCAAUGUACACAUUUGCACGCUUAUAUGAAAAUGGUCAGAAACAAGAUCAUAUAAUUAAAAACUCGACUUCAUUUAAAAAGUUAUUUUCUGAAGAAAUUACUCCAAUUAAUGAUUCAUGUAAAGUAAUUAAUAAUAAUGGAAAUUCAAAUGAAUGUUUAGUAAAUCUUAAAAAUAUUAAAUAG